AUGUUUGGUAGGUUUCGGAUUAGGCGGAUAAAGACCAAGCCUUGGAUGGCUACUGCAGCCGCUUUUGUCUUUAACAUGUGUUUUGGUUGCAUAAACGCCUUUGGAAAUCUGAGUGUCUACGUUACAUCUUACCUAAGGUGUAUGGGAGGAAAGGAACAGUUGAACUUUCGGUAUAAUGAUACACAUAAGAUUUUUUGUUUCGAAGUUGUUGCUGUUGCCUCAUCUGUUUGCCUCUCUGGCUGGGUGCAGGCGAAUCUUGGUAUUAAACGAUGUUCAAUACUAUCUGGUAUAUUGUUAGGACUAUCUUAUAUACUAGCCGGUCUGUUUUGUCAUUCAUAUUUUGCUCUAGUGCUAUUUCUUGGAAUCCUAUUUGGCUUGGCCGAAGGACUAGCCUUCUCCUGCCCAUUGGCAUCCACCUUUAAGCAUUAUCGUUGCAAUAGGGGGUUGGUUUCAGGGAUCGUAAUGGCCGGUACGGCCAUUAGCCCAUUGAUUUUUGGUAAUAUCCAAACAUUCUUAAUCAAUCCAGAUAGGAAGUGGCCUACACAAGGUGAAAAAAAAAAUUCACUCGAACUUUAUUUCAGUGAUCAUGCGUUACUAAUUAGAGUUCCAAAUGCAUUAAUAUUACUUGGGAUUAUUUACGGAUUUUUUACAAUUACUAGCGCCUAUAUCUUCACCAGCAAAACACAUCGUUCGUAUAAACCUAAAAAAUAUAAUGUUGAAAUGUCAGAAUCUGAAUCUUCGAUCUCUUCUGAAGAUGAAAUUAGUGUAUACAGUGGUGCAGUUGAAAAAAAUGAAUUACUGGGUCAAUAUCGCUUGAAAGGUUUAAGCCAAUUGGUCAUGACUGAACAAUUCUCCUUCUACUGGAUAAUCAUGAUUUUUGUGCACAUAUUUGUUAAUUACUUUGCCAUGUUUUGGAAGAUACUUAUUUUGUCCAAAUUUCCUGCUUCAAAUGACUUCGACAUAUCGCUCUAUGGAAAUAUAAUUAAUUCAUUGUCUAAUAGCCUCGGUAGGGUCUUUUUUGGAUUAAUUGGAGAUUGCUAUGGCCUUAGAAUUGUAAUUAUCUCAACAUGUAUUUCAGCUUACAUGUCUAUAUAUUUGUAUAUAGAAGUUAAAAGCGUAUGGGCAUCGCUCAUUUGCACCGGGUUGGUAUUCUUCUGCAUAGGCGGCGCAUUCAUUUGUUUUGCACUGAUCGCAAUAUCAUUGUAUGAUGAAAGGGAUUUUAGCGAUAAUGUCAGUGCAUUGUACACCAGUAGGAUGGUUUCCGCCAUUGCUACUUUUUUUCUGGUACACAUGAGAUCGCAUAGGGGACAUACCCGAUUGUGCAAAGAUAUAAUGGUUACGUUGGCCAUAGCAAUUACCGGCUGCUACAUUGUGAAGCCAGAUGUGUAUAAGAGGAGGAAAAUUGAGUAA